CACUCUAAAAUACAUGAAAACAUAAACGAAGAUCAGGAUGAGAUAAAAUUUACAAUGUGAAAAUUAGAAAUUUAUAAUUGAAAAUGAGUGGUCACAAAAUAGUUGAUCAAGGAAGCAGCGGAACAGCCAAACACCUACGCUCUUUUUUCCUUGGUUAAAUUCCCUCUCACUUGCUGUCCGUAGCACUAACACGCACGGUGAUGGUGAACCUGGUUGCAGCUCUAAGGUCACUGUUGUAUGGCCUGGUGAAAAUGGCCGGGAUUCGACCUCACACAAUCGAGAUCGAACCAGGCACGGUUCUGAGCAUUUGGGUCCCCUCUGAAACAAUCCAAAAGCCAAAAAAAUCUAAAACCACUGAGGCCUCCGCCGACUCCACUGCCAAACCAACAAAACCCGUGGUGGUACUGGUGCACGGCUUUGCGGCCGACGGCAUUGUCACCUGGCAAUUCCAGGUGGGUUCAUUGACAAAAAAGUACUCAGUUUACGUGCCGGACCUGCUCUUUUUCGGCGGUUCAAUCACGGACAGCUCCGACAGGUCGCCGACGUUUCAGGCGGAGUGUCUGGCCAAGGGGCUGAGGAAGUUGGGGAUUGAAAAGUGCACGGUGGUUGGAUUUAGCUACGGCGGUAUGGUUGCGUUUAAGAUGGCGGAAUUGUACCCUGAUUUGGUGGAGGCACUGGCGGUUUCUGGUUCAGUUGUGGCUAUGACGGACUCCAUUAGCCGUGCAACAUUUAGCAGACUUGGGUUCAAUUCAUCGGCGGAGCUUUUGUUGCCGACCACCGUUAAGGGCUGCCGGGCACUUCUCAAAGUUGGAGCUCAUAAGAAGCUUUGGUUCCCUGAUCGGUUCCAUAAGGACUUUCUUGAGGUGAUGUUCAACAACAGAAAAGAAAGGGGAGAAUUGCUGGAAGGUCUUGUGGUUAGUAACAAAGAUACUAACAUCCCACAUUUUCCACAGAGGAUACAUCUUCUUUUGGGUGAGAAUGAUCAGAUUUUCAAGCUGGAAGUUGCACGGAAAAUGAAAGAGGAAGUUUUAACAUGUCCUUCAAUAUGGCUAUACUAAUCU